AUGGCGAGGCUCUUCACCACCGUCUCCUCCUCCUUCUUCUUCUUCGUCGUCGUCGUCCUCCUCCUCCUCAGUGAAGUCUCACUUGCCGCCGCCGACGCCGAUGGGGACAACCCCAAGGUCAAGACGUUGUGCGCCGGCACGCCCUUCCCGGAGCUCUGCGCCUCCAUGAUCACGCGCGACAACGAGAACGUAAGCGCAAACGACGAGAGCCUUGUGGGGAUGGCGGCCCUCACCUCCGCCAAGCUCCUUCUUAACGCGACGGCCACCGCGAGCCCGGCGGUCCAGAGGGACAGCCACCCGGGCAUGAGCAAGGCCGACGAGAUCUGCUUCGAGACCUGUUUCAAGGAGCUGACCAACGCCGCCCAGACACUCGACAAGUUGUGCAUGAGCAAGGUGCAGCUCCCCCAAAUCGACAACUUCAUCAAGUUCAACAAGGAGUCGCAUGUCGAGUGGAAUUGCGAGAGGUGUCGCCAAGGGGAAGCCAAGAACAUCGCCGACGAUGUCUCCAAGGACAACGAGGCCGGGAAGGCCAUGGCUGUCCUGGAGGCGCUCGUCAACAAAGUACUAACCAAAUAA